GAGGGAGGGAGGAGGGCGGGCGGGCGCGGCGGGCCGGGCCGGCGGGCGGCGGACUAUGAGGCGCCCACCAUGGUGCGAUGCGACCGCGGGCUGCAGAUGCUGCUGACCACGGCCGGAGCCUUCGCCGCCUUCUCGCUCAUGGCCAUCGCCAUCGGCACCGACUACUGGCUCUACUCCAGCGCGCACAUCUGCAACGGCACCAACCUGACCAUGGACGACGGGCCCCCGCCCCGCCGCGCCCGCGGCGACCUCACCCACUCGGGGCUGUGGCGGGUAUGCUGCAUCGAAGGGAUCUAUAAAGGGCACUGCUUCCGGAUCAAUCACUUCCCAGAGGACAAUGAUUAUGACCAUGACAGCUCGGAGUAUCUCCUUCGCAUCGUGCGUGCCUCCAGCGUCUUCCCCAUCCUCAGCACCAUCCUGCUGCUGCUCGGCGGGCUCUGCAUCGGCGCCGGGAGGUUCUACAGCCGCAAGAACAACAUCAUCCUCAGUGCCGGCAUCCUCUUUGUGGCUGCAGGCCUCAGUAACAUCAUAGGCAUCAUCGUCUACAUUUCCAGCAACACCGGCGACCCAAGCGACAAGCGCGACGAAGACAAAAAAAACCAUUACAACUACGGCUGGUCUUUUUACUUCGGAGCCCUGUCUUUCAUUGUGGCCGAGACCGUGGGCGUCCUGGCUGUAAACAUUUACAUUGAGAAAAAUAAAGAGUUGAGAUUUAAGACCAAACGGGAGUUCCUUAAGGCUCCCUCCUCGUCUCCCUACGCUAGGAUGCCGAGCUACAGGUACCGGCGACGGCGCUCAAGGUCCAGCUCCAGGUCCACCGAGGCCUCGCCCUCCAGGGACACGUCUCCGGUGGGCCUGAAGAUCACCGGGGCCAUCCCCAUGGGCGAGCUGUCCAUGUACACGCUGUCCAGGGAGCCCCUCAAGGUGACCACGGCCGCCAGCUACAGCCCCGACCAGGAGGCCAGCUUCCUGCAGGUGCAUGACUUCUUCCAGCAGGACCUGAAGGAAGGCCUGCACGUCAGCAUGCUGAACCGGCGGACGACCCCCGUGUGAGCGCCCCUCUCUCCCAAGGAUGGCUGUUUGCAUCCCACAGGAGGGCCUCUGACCCUGUAGGCGGGCCAACAGUGGACUGAAGCCAAACCCAACCCUCCCUGGUCUCGAGAAAGUGUCCCAGGCUGGCUUAGAGCGAAGCACCAGGAGACAGGAAUCAGGAGUGGAAGGCUGACUUUGUCCCCACAAAGGGUGUUUUGGGGCCCCAGGGGUUCUGAAGUCCCCCAGGAAGCCCAAGAGCUCUCCUGAGGCUGCACAGCCUCGACCAACCUGGGAAACAAAAUUGAGCCAUUAUCCCCUCUUGGAAACAGAUGUUGCCAGAAGGCUGGGCUCUCAGGGCCUCCCCUCUAUCCCGGGCCUGGGCCACCAGGCACACAGGGGCCUUUGGACACUAGUCAGCUGCUUUUUCACCUGAGGUUCCUGUGUCCGUGAGCCAGAAACGAGGAAGCUGAAGCUCACCCCCUUCCUCUCUGUCUGUCUGUCUGUCUGUCUCUCUCUCUCUGGCAGUGGCCUGUUGUGGAAAUAACAGUCAUCCUGAGCAGAAAGUCCUGCAGCCAGCUGGUGCUUGGCCUUUGUGCUGUCCUGGGGCCGGCUUCCCUCAGCCUGAGGAGACCGAGGCGGGUGGAAGAACCCACACUGGGGGAGGCCUUGGCUGGCCUGGGCAUGAGGUAAAGGCCGGAGUCUGUUGCUGGCUUUCCUAUCUGCUUCUGGAAGUUUCCGCCUCACACAGAAAGGGCACUGACUGUACUUGAGAGUCCGGAAGUAGGAGUCAGAGGAAAGGUGGCCAUGUGGCCUCUUGCUGUGUCCCUACCCACUGGCCUGAGGAGCAGCCCGUCCCUCCUCGGGGGGUCGGGGGGGACAGACCCCACCCCACCCCACUGGUGUUUGGCUACAGAAGCCUGAACUUUUGUACAAGAAAGGGAGACCGAGGGUGAACAGCGACCAAAAAA